AUGCCGCAUCCAAGCACAGGAUGCCAGACUUGCAAAAAUAGACGAAUCAAGUGUGAUGGAGCCAAGCCGACAUGUCAGAGAUGUACAAAGUCACAGCGUCUCUGCGUGGAGUCGAUUGAUACCAAACGAGCUUGUCUUUCGAUCCACAGUGAGAAUCUUUAUGCAAGCGGCAAGACAAAGAGGCCUAGGGGUCCUCGUUCAAGUUUAACCCUCUUCCGCCCAAAUUCUGACCUACCGUCACGAGCCGUGGCGUACUAUCUGAACUAUUACCUUGGCACAGCCAUAAACCUGCCGACAGUUUCGGCCUGCAUGUCUGAAUGCCUCACCUCAUGGAAAGCAUCUGGAAGGGAAUCUGGCAUGGUCGACUUGGCUAUAUCUUCCUUGGCCCUUGCCAUCUUCUCACGCACACAAAAGCACCGCCCGGCAGCUAGGGAAGCGUUCAAGGCAUAUGGUCGCCUUCUAAGCGUUGCGAAAGAGGAGAUAACCCAAGCAAAAAUUCUGACUCGCUGGCCGGAGGGCAUCGACGAAUGCCUGCUAACAGUUGUCCUAAUGGGCUGGUACGAAACCACCAUGCAUAAGCUUGAGUAUUUCGGCCCCAAGGACGCGAUUGCCCCUAUGCACAGUUGGUCGCAUUAUGAUGGCGCAAUGGCAAUCCUAAGGGCGUGGAAUAUGAGCUACAACGCCCCGUCGAGUGUAGUGAAGCAAGCUCGACGUGGAAUAAUCCGCCUGGCUUUGCUCAGAAGUUACCAACUUCCAGACUGGAUUUUGGAUGGCCAUCGGUUCGGCGAACGUUCUAUAGAUCUUUCGUUUGACAAACUCCUAGUUCAAGCGGCCAAUUUGCACCAUGCAUUGAAGUGUCACAAAGUGAAGAAGAGUUUGCAUGCUCCCAUGUCUGAGCACCUUGAGCACCAAGCGCGCGAGCUUGACGAGGCUAGUCAAGAUUGGGCAGGCCAGAUACCCAGCGCAUGGUCAUACCGACCAUUGGACUUAGCAGAAACUAGCCAGUGGUCCAGGGUGGACUUCUAUUCCUCUACUAUCUAUUGCUGUACAAACCAUGGAUAUGCCACAGUAUGGAUCAAUUAUUUCACCAUAAGGAUGAUCAUCCUUAGUACGUAUCUCGGUCUCCUCAAACUCGAUCCUCCAUCUGAAUUCAUCGGCAGCGCUUCCGGAAAGGAGCGUUUUGCGUGCAGUAUUCAGUUGAAGGAAAUGGCCGACAGCCUCGCAUCCACCGUCCCUUUCUGCCUAGGACGAUUUGAGCUAGGCAAGUGCCAUGAUCUGGACACAUCCAACGAACCAACAGUCAUUCUAAAGACGAAUGAAAGGAUUCUCCCUGCUCUUGCACUCCCAGCUGUCUGGCCAAUGUCCGUGGCCUCGGGUCUCGAUGGGGUUGAGCCAGCGCAACAGCUGUGGUUCUCUACGCAACUAGCACGUUUAGGACAAGUCCUCGGUGACGGUGCCCUCGAGUGUGCUGGCACCGAUCAGUGGAGACAUGAACUAUGA